AUGUUCUACUGUAUAGUUUUUGCUACUGUUACUAUUUUUACAACUGUUUUAAAUGGUAAACCAACAACAUCAUUGAAAGAUGAACCAGAACGUUGUUGUAUACCAACACAAUUUAGUUCACAAUUAAGUACAUCAACUGGUAUGCUAUUGCCAGAUGGUACAACAUCCACUGCAUAUGCAUAUUAUAAUUUUUCAUAUGAUUCCGAUCUUGGUCUAGUUGGAAUGAAAGGUGUAUCAUUUUCGGUACCCGAUCAACAGAAAUCAAAUGUAUGGAUUAUUGAAAAUAUGAAUGAUGGACAAAUUUAUGCUAUAGAUGAAGAUGCGAAAAUAUGUUAUAAAUCAACAAUGCCAAUUAAACCAAUUCAUUGUAUACCAGAUACGGCAACUUAUGUACAUUCAUUUACAUAUGGAUAUGGUGACAAAAAAAUUAUUGGCGAUACAUGGCGUAUACAAAAGGACGAAGCAGUUGAUUAUGUAACAGUUAGUCGUGAUGGUCGUUGUAUUCUAUUGACCGACUCUACUUUCUUUCAAAAUCCCGCUCUGGUAGAUGCAAUGACAACAACAGAUUUUGUACCACAAAUUGAUGAUCCAAGUAUAUUUGAUAUACCGCCAGAAUGUAAAAAUGCCGUUUAGCUUGUACUUUAUCUCUCGAAACCAGACAUAUAUACUUACAUAAAAAUUUCUUUUGCAUUUGGUUUUUAUUAUAUGUAAUUUUCAAAAUGAAUCCGAACCUUGCAUUUAACUAUAAUAGAUAAUAAUUUCUGUCUGCAAAUCUGUUGAAAUUAUAAGCUGUUUCUUUCCUAUAGUACAAGAUAGUAGUAAUAGAGAUCUUUUUUUUAAUAAUCCAAUAAAGGACGAGGAAUAUUCUAGGUCGAUUUUGAUCUAAUUAGAAAACACAGAUAGUUAGGUAUGAAACGUUCAGUAAUUGUAGAGCAUAGAGUUAGUAGUCCGUUCCAUGAAUUUUAGCUUGAUCAGUCAAAUUUUUGCCUUACUUUGCUGCUCUACUAGAUAGACUCCUAGGUGACCUCUGCGAGUGAGUGUGAGAGCCAAGCAUUUCUUGGUUUCAGACAAAUAUUUACCUUAUUACCAAGUCGACUUAUAUAUCAUUCGAUGGAGAAUCAAACUUUUGAAGAUGUCGAUAUCUUUAUGUAAGUAUUGAUUACUCUAAUGAAAACUUGUAAAAUUUGAAGUUUUAUUCUAAUAAAAAAAUCAUAGAGAACUAAAUCUAUCAGGGAUCAUUUUCAUCUUACUAAGGCUUCCUCAUGGACAUAACCAUGAUAAAUAUGAUAUAGUAUUUUAGAUCGUUUAACAAAUACUAAAAAGAUCAGCUUUGAAAAUGAAUGAUAUCACUGCGAAAACUUUUAGGCGAAAAAUCCCCGAGUAUUAUUCCACAUCCUUUAUUUUUUAAUGAAUGAGUGGAAAAACUAUUUGAAAGCAAUCACCAAAGCUAUUUAAGAUCUCACCAUGGUUUCUGUAAGAUCCUAAUAAUGUACCAUGGCUAAUCAUGUAUUCUAUGUCAUGUUUUUGACAUAUUUGAUCAAAUGUCUUCAUCAGCUUCACUUAUACUUGGUGUUCGUAUGAUGUUAUUAAACGUGAAAGAAUGGAUGAUGUUUUUCGUAGU